AUGAAUGCACAUAGUUCAAAUCAUCUUCAGAUUGUUAAUCAUAUAGAUGUACUUGGAGUGAGGAAGCAGCUAUAACCCCAGGAUCUUGUGUCAAAACUACAACACCACUGCAGUUUCUUUUACACCCUAUUGUUCAAUAAUAGCAAUUGUAAACUUAAUGGAGAAUCAUGUAGAUACUAUUAUCUUUUUGAGGCUAAUUCUUCACUAAUAUCUCAUGCAGCAUUUUUAAAUGUUUAAAAAGCUGCUUGUAAGUCAACAGGUGCUGGAUGUAUUGAUAUAAUUCCAAAGUGUAGUAAUUACUAAUGAACUUCAGAAACAUGUCUAAUUGUGAGAGGAUCAGAUGGUAAUUGUAAUUUUAUCAUAAAUUUGAUAAUUAUAAAUUUCAUCUAUGCACAGGUGCUGAUACUAAACUUAAAACUGUUUAAGGAUUGUGUUACCUACUAGGAUGAAAGUGUAAUAAGAAGAAAGGAUGUAUUGCAACAAGAGCUGGUUGUAAAAAUUAUAGUGGAAUUGCUACAAGUUUUAUAGGAUGUUUUUACAGAUAUAUAUGUGCUUGAGAUGUAACAAGUAAUAAAUGCAGAGCUAGAUUUGUAGUGUAAAAUCAGCAACAACUGA